UAUCUUUGCUCGUGGGGACUUUCUGCAUGCAAUCUGCUGAUCUGCAAUCGUGUGAAAGCGCCCUUAAAAUCUAAAAUAUGCAGAUAUGUGAAGUGCUGGUGGGAAUGCACUUUAAUGUGUAUAUUGUAUACGUACUUCUAGCGUGAAGAACAUAUUCGUGAAUUUUUCGUUCGAAUCAUGAAACGUGAACUCAUAAAUUGUCAAAUGAUACCAAAGUUGUUCUGUGUAGAAAUAAGACAAUGUCUACACAGAUUAUCAAUUAGUGGCCUACAUUAAAACCUAGAUAUUAUAUGCCACUAUGCAUAUUCUCAACUGCUGAGGUGUUCUGAAUAUGGUGAAGUUGGCAAUCUCUGGAGACGAAAUCAUUCAAAUAGAGACUGAUAGAGUGUACCUGAGAUUUUCGCCUAAGACUUCCUUUCGGUAGGGCAUGAAAUAAUGACUUAUCGGAUGCUAUCACGAGUACUGGAAUGAGAAGAAUGGGUUGCAUCAAUAGCCGAGCCGACAUUAAUGAACUCCGCCCAAAUAUCUUUCAAGUAAUGAAUGUGGAUGAUUUGGGCAAUUUAAUCACACCCGGUCGGCUAGAAGUUACUGAUUUAGACAUAGUACUGCAUCAACGAGGAAGGCAACUUGUAAAGUGGCCAUUGCGCUGUUUAAGACGCUAUGGAUACGACGCGGAAAUAUUCAGUUUCGAAUCAGGGAGGCGAUGUCCCACUGGACCAGGCAUAUAUGCUUUCAAAUGCCACAGAGCUGCACAACUCUUUAAUCUCGUGCAAACGAAUAUACAGGCCUGCAACAAUAGUAGCGAUGACACAAUAUCACGGGAAAUUCCAAUCUCUUCAUUGUCUGGACCAGCGGUAACACGAGCAGUGUUAUCAACUGAGCCUAAUUAUUUAGAUCCAAUACCAGUUAGAAACAACAAUCAUACUGGUCAUAGAUUCUCUCAUGGUCAACAAAAUGGACUUGGAAGAUUAAGCAGUGUGGGAAGUGGUAGUGGCCCCAUGUCACCUCAAGCAACUGAGGAAACUCCGUCGCCACCGCUUACGUUGCCGCCAGCACCACCAGUCCCCAAUUUGAAUCAUUUCUCGAUGUAUGUCAAUGAAAAAGUUUUGUCAACCAUGUCAAUGGAAAUGGAACAUAAUAACAACAAGAGUCUUAAAAGAACGAUAAAAAGAUCCUGCACAGUUAGCAGUGCCACUUCAAAUAGCGGUUUCGCUCAAUUUGAUCCACAACCUUUGCAAUCAAAUCAAGACGCCAGUAUUCAAAACGGACCAUCACCUUUGCCAAUGGCUUGCUACAUGAACGUAGGCAUUAACAAUUAUGCUAGUCCCAUAUCUUCGUCAUACAGUACAUUUAAUACUACACCGACAAGAGGAGAUUGCCAUCGAAUCGAGGGAAGUGGACACGCGUACGUGAAUAUUAGUCCAGGACAAGAACGUUUAGAUCAUGAUAUUUCAAACGUUCGACCACCACCGUUACCACGCUUACAAUUAGAACGGGAAGAAAUAACUAGACAUUGCUAUGCGAAUUUAGAACCUAGUGAAUUAGAAAACUUAAGGAAAAGAUUUUCCGGUACAUCUAUUGUCGAACAUUCGCCACUGCCUCCAUUGACUCCUCCGUCAUGUAUUACUAGAGAAGUCAACUAUGCCGUUUUAGACUUAGAUAAGAAGGAAGCUUCUGGAUACAUAACAGAAGGCACAGCAAAUGCAAUGCCAUCCCCGCCAGAAUCACCAAAAAAGCCUCAGAAAGGAUAUGCCGUUAUAGAUUUUAAUAAAACUGCAGCUCUGUCGCAUUCCGUAAAUCCUAAUCUUGUGAAUGAUAGUGAAGGUUCACGAAAAACAAGACAUAAUUCGACGAUAAAUGAUUUAACCGCUACGCUUAAGCAUAGUUCAUCCGUAAGCGAGUGA